AUGCCACUUCCGCAAUACCAGGUCAUUGUGACCGCAGAAGCCGAAGAGAAGGAGGAAGCGCGCAAGCGACGCUUGAUCUAUAUCCGUCCUUUCAUCUUAUUCUGGUUCAAUUCACUUCUUGCAGAAAUCUUCUUUCUUCUCGUUGCAACCCUGUUCUUCUCUGGUCUGCGCGAAAUGAUCUAUAAAGUCCUCUGGACUCUUAUCAUUUGCCCCCUCGGAAUGGGAGGCGCGAUGGGAGGAAUUACAAACUACUUUUUAGUAGACUACUACUACGGGAAAAGAGCCGUUUGGUUUACAGCUCUUCUUACCUUGUUGGUUCUCGGGAGUUGCAAUUAUCUUUGCUUUAACUCAUCCUCUUUGGUUUCACUGGAGAUACCCAGCGAUCUUCAUGUCUGGAUGGUCCUCUGGAAAACUACUGUUCACCGACGAGGGGCAGAAGAAGUUGGCCAAGCUGGGGCUCUGAUAACUGGUGGCUUGACUUGCGGCCAGACAGAGAAAUCCUAUUACCCUGGUCUGAAAACCUCUACCGCAUUGCAGACAAUCAUGCGGAUCAUCUUCCACAUGGCGUGUCUACAAUAUUGGAUGCAAUUUCAAUUUCAGAUACGUUGGAAAGAGAGCGGAUGUCUUCUCGAGUCUACUACGAGGGGCUCGGCGGUGUUGUGA